CUUCAUCAGACUACAGUUAAAAGACAUCAGCAGAAAUGAGGGCACUUGUAAUCUUAAGCCUCUUGGGAUGUGCACUUGGACAAGACAAGAUUUUUUCUUGGAGUGGAAACGACAGCCAAGUUGACGCCAAUGAGAACGCGUGUCUGACUGAUGUGGCGUCUUGUGGGUGCUGCCUGAUGAAGAAGCAGAUGUGGAAGCUCGAGAUGUUUUUCAACAUGACAUUAAAUGAACUACAGAGGAAUCUGGAGAGAGCUCAUUCAGUGUUAAACAAUAUUCGUGCCAGUCGCAGUGCCUUCUCUGUUGCCCUUACUGACACACGCCUCUGUAUCGGCCCAAAUCGUGAAGACUCUGUGGUGAAGUAUAGCAGCGUAUUUGUUAACUUGGGAGAUGGCUACAGCACCGACACUGGUGCUUUUGUAGCACCACGUUCUGGUGUCUACAGCCUGGCACUAACGGUUUAUAGUGAUGCUGGCGCUCCUGGAGCCACAUUGGCUGCUUGUGCUCGACUCCAACUGAACGGACGCACUAUUGCAUCACCAAAUGAGAACAACCUUCAAGACCAGGAGGACAGCGCUAGUGCUGUGCUAGUUGUUCAGCUGCAUGCAGGAGACAGGGUGGAUGUUGCUCUUCCAGCCGGCUGCUUUCUGUGUGACAAUAACAACCACUACAAUACUUUCACAGGGUUCCUGCUCUAUGCAACUGAUUAAUAUAGAGAGAACUAAUACUGUGUUUGAAAUGACUUACUACACAGUGUAUACUAUACAUUACACAAAAAAGUAUAAAAUACAAUACUAAGUUUGCAACAGUUACUUAAAGUUGAUGUUGUUGUAUGGUACUUUUCAGUUUCACUAGUGCAAGAAUGGUAUAUUGUGAAUAUAUUUCUCUCUUUACAAAACCCU